AUGGUGGAAGACUUUGUUCCAUGUGAUCCCAAUAGUUCCGAAGUGUAUCUGGUCUCUUCACCAGGUUUUGGUAUCAUCGACAGUGGGUGUGGCAAAACCUUGAUAGGACAGAGCACCUUGAAUGCACUGUUCCGCCAGUAUGCGGAGAUUGGACGACAGUUGCCAGAGCUUCGGAGAGAAGAGCACCUGUUUCGCUUUGGGAAUCAGAACGAGGAACUGGCUCAAUAUGCGGUCACCCUUCCCAUUGGCAUCGGAGGUCGUGGAGGUCAAGUGGAUGCCUCAGUGAUCAAGGGCACGGCUCCUCUUUUGCUGAGCAGGAGCACCAUGCGCAGUUUGGGGGCAGUCCUAGACUUUCAGAAAGAAACGCUUUCUCUCUCCGGCGCAAAACCAGAAAGGUUGAAAACAAAUGCAGCGGGGCAGUAUAUCAUCAGUAUCAUGGAUUUCCCAGCAAACAGUGGACCUGUCGGUGGUACAGAAGUCCCUACUUUGGGGGUGCCAACCAAAGCCUUGUCCAAGCGUGAAGCUCGGGUUUUAGAGUCUUUGGCUGCGGCAUGGCAAAAGGGUAACUCCAAGUGCGUAGUGGCAGAGCUUUUCUCACCACCACGUUUCACCACUGAAGCGGAACGUCAGGGUCUUACUGGGUUGAGUUUUGAUUUGAAAAAUGGAUACAACUUGCUGGAUAGAAGAACACAGCGAGAAGUAGAGGCUCAACUGGAUGAGGUACGACCUGAACUGUUGGUAUUGUGUCCAGAGUGCAAGCAUUGGGGAGGUUGGUAUCGACUCAAUGAACACAAGCUUCCAAACUGGAAGAGAGUGUGGAACCGCAAUGUGGCCGAACGCCAAGUGGAAUUCUGCAUAGCUCAAGCCAAGCGUCAGUUGAGACGCGGGGGGCGCGUUCUGUUCGAGCAUCCGUGGUCAUCAGGUGUUUGGAAUCAUCCACCCAUGGCCAAACUUCUCAAGAGCAUGCACCUGUGUAAAGCAUCCAUGUGCGCCUAUGGCCUGAAGAACCCCGACAACGGCUUGCCGAUCCUGAAGCCAACAGGACUCGCCGUAUCACAUGAGGACAUGGUAGGUUUAGCACAGACAUGCCCAGGACAUGAUGUACACCAUACCAUAGCCGGAAAACUUAAUGAUGGGUCGUCCUUGAGUGAGUGGACAGCAGCCUAUACUCAACAGUUCUGCCAGCAUUGGUUGUCAUGUGUCACGAGUGUUUGCCAUCUGUGUGAUCACGCUGCGGUUGAGGACAACUUCUCAACUUUCAACCUUACUGAGAGCGUUGUAGGAGAGUCUUCCGAAGCCCUUGCAGCCGAAGCCACCACACCAGAGCAGAUUCGUAUGUCGCUGAAACGUUUGCACAAUAAUUUGGGGCAUCCUAGUAACCAAGACUUAGUAAGGGUUCUUACUAAUGCUGGGGGUUCCAAAGAAGCCAUCGAAGAAGCCAAGAAGUACAGUUGUGAGGUUUGCAUUCAGCGCCAGCGACCGACUCCGUCUCUGCCCGUGUCAGCUCACCAGAUUUUGGACUUUGGACACAGGGUAGGACUGGACGUGAAGAUACUUCCAGGCGGGACUCAAAAUCAGAAGGUGAAGUGUUUGAACAUUGUUGACUACGGGUCUAGUUUUCAAGUCAUGUGCCCCUUUUAUGAAAAUGAAACCGGUCCUAUCCUGAAACGACUCUUCGAUGAGAACUGGUUGCAAUGGGCCGGUCGACCGGUCGAGAUCAUCGUGGAUCCAGCUCAGACCAAUUUAUCUGAAGCGUUUGCAGGUGCUCAGGAGCAAUCAGGCAUUCGAGUUCUCAGCAUUGCAGCCGAGGCACAUAAUCAGCUAGGCAAGGUUGAGAAACAUGGUCAUUUGUUUGAAGUGAUUCUCCAAAAGGUCUUAGACUCAGUGCAGCCUAGUUCCAAAGAGGAAUACCACCAGUGCAUUCGUGAAACCAUGAAUAGCAAGAAUGAAUCCCUCAAUCAUCAUGGCCUCAGCCCUUGUCAACAUGUGUUCGGUAGGAAUCCCAGGGUACCCGAAGACCUGAUUCAGGAAUCUCCGUGCGUGAUUGCCGCGACAGCACCGUUGCACAGUGAAAUGCAUGCGAGAAGUCAUGCCAUCCGAACUGCAGCCCGAGUUUCCAUGGCACAGUCUCAAGAUUCGAAAGCCUUGCGAGUGGCUUUGAAUGCACGGCCAAGGGUUGAGCGAAGUCACUAUGUGGACCUUACCCAGCAGGGAUCACGUGAAGGUCCUGACAAUUCAGCUGUAGCAAGACCGACAGCCGAGCAUGAGCCUAGCCAGGCCAAUCCUGCUCUGUCUCCUGCCAGCGUCCCGGCUCAGUCCGCCAGUCCGGACAACAUGGACAUUGUAGCUCCCGGUGAAAUCAUAGACAAAAGCCCUGCUGAGCCGGAAUCCUCAGGUGGAGACAGCUCCAGUAGCAAUCCUUUAACUGCAGCAUCCUUUUCGGCAAGACAAGAACCUGGUUCUCAAAGUGCCUAUGGUCCAGUUAGACAUAGGCAUCAUGGAAAGAAACCUGAACCAAUGACCACAGUGUGGCGUCCGGCCGAACUGGUGCCAUCAGAUUUUAUGGAAGCCCAUCAGGAGAUCACGUCUCACAAGCGCCAGCCCAGUCGAGCUUUGAGUAGCGAGCCACCGUGCAAAUCCAGCAGAUCAGAGCCAGAUCCGAGUGCCUCCAAGCCCUCGGACCGCCCAGUGACUGCCGAAGAGCUUCAAAUGGUUCGAGAAGUGCUUGCGCGCAUGCAGGCUCAGGGCUCCUCCGGAGUGAAUCCAGGCAGCACUGCCUUAGCUGCCUUGUCCUCCUUCGAGUCGAGCUCGAUGCUUGCAGGCAUGACUGAUGCGAGCAAACGCCAAAGGGAUGAUGAUUUGCUGUCACACCUAGGUGAGGGCCCCAUGUCAGAGGAAGUGGGCUUCUCUGACGCCGGCUUCAGUGUGGUGAGCUCACCAGUGGGGAAGUACCAAAAGUCUCCGCAGAUGCCCGUGGCCCCGAAGAAGACGGUGCCAGAUGAGAAGAUUCAGCUCCCCACCGGAAUUCCCAGUUUGACAGAGUGGGGAUGCACAGUAUGUGAGCUUCCGCGUGUCAAGGGUGACAACAAGACUUAUCAUGAACUGGCCAUUGACCCAGAGUACAGCAGCUAUCUGAACUGGAUUGUGCAGCAUGGGAAAGGCAAAGGAGCCAGGUGUGAAGACUUUCGCAAUUACUUGAUCUUUGGCGAUUUUGUGAAAUCCGGUGCUUCCAGCAUCACUUUCCCGGGAUCUUCUGAGAUCCGCAAGAUCCGUUUUCCGUGA